AUGCUCCGGGCUGCAGCGACGGCUCCCGCCGCGGCGCUGCUGGCGGUCCUCGUCCUGGUGUUGCUGCCGCUCCCGGCCUCCGCCGCCACCUACAGCUCGCUGUGGGGCAAGGACGGCAACGAUUGGGACCCCAGGGGCAGGCUGCCAGACUUUAGCUAUGCGGGCUACAAGUACGGCACGGAGGCGCUGCCUGAGCCGCCGGUGACGCGGUCUGUGCUCAAGUUUAAAAGGGCAGGCAUGACGGAUACGCAAGCCAUCAAGCACGCGCUGGACUGGGCCAACAAGCAGCGUCUGACCAACAAGUUCAUUGUGCUGUCCAUCCCCCCGGGUACCUACACGCUCACAGAGCGCCUCUUCAUCAGGCGCUCCCGGGUGGUGCUGCGCGGCGCGGGCGCCGGCAAGACCACGCUGUACAUCCCCAAGAGCCUGUAUGAUGUGUAUGGUCCCAACCCAAGGAACAGGGAGACGGGGGCGUAUGUUACCUCUGACGCCUUUCUCAAGAUUGAAGGCACUGGCGUGAAGGGGUCCAUGGCGGCCACCGUCGUCAAGUUUGCCGCCAAGGGCGCGGUCUGGGUUGUGGUAAACAAGCCGUCGGCCCUGAAAGUGGGCGAGUACUUUGACAUGUGGUUUACCGACAUAGGCGGCAAGUUCAACAACUACAUGUAUGACAACUUGCUGGAGGCUCCCGCCAAGUACAGGGGCGACACGCGGGUCAAGUUCACCACUAAGAUCCUGGCCAUCCGCGGCAAUGCGAGUGCUGCCUGCUGCUGCCUGCUGCUGCUGCUGCUAGCUCGGAUCAAGAUUGAGCGCAACCUGCCUUAUGACAUCAACUACAAAAUGAACAUCGUGAGGUUCCACGAGCGGCCCAGAACCGUGUCCGAGAGCGGAAUCGAGGGCAUCACGUUUGCCUUCAAGUGGACAUGGUACCCAGGCCAUCACCUGGAGAGGGGCAUGAAUGCCGUGGAGCUCAGCGACGUGCGGGACUGCUGGGUCCGCAACAUCGCCACCAUCAACGCCGACAACACCGUGCUCAUGCAAGGCGUCACCUCGUCCACCAUCGUGGGCGUCACGAUUUCGGCCAGCAAGACCCGCGCCAACAGAAUCCCCAACCAGUACAAGGAGCGGGCAGACAGGGAUGGGCAUUGGGGCAUAGAGUUUGCCCACUCAUUUGAUGUGCUUGUGCGGAGGGUCGUCCAGAUAUCCUCCCUCAUGCACAGCGUGGGCACCGACAGCUCUGGCAAGUGGGGCGUGUUUGCUGACCUCAAAUUCCGGGACGGCAACCUCGACCUGCACAGGGCGCUGUCGGGCCCCACUCUGUACACUGACAUUGACGUGGGCCUUGGCACCAAUGCGCUCUGGAGCGGCGGGCCUAGAGCGUCUGGCGCCAAUGCUGCGGCCGGCACCACCUGGUGGAACAUCAGGAGCAAGAAAGCCGUCACGCCCAACGCCUCAAACACCGCCAAACCUGGCGACUGCUCAUACGGCCCAGUAAUUAACAUUGUGAACGUCAACCUCAUCCCCGCAAUGGCGCGCAAGAUCUGCCGGACGUGGCUGUAUGAGCGCUAUGUUUCCAGCCCGGCAAACCUAUACGAGGCGCAGUACGAGCGCCGCAUGCGGCUGGCGGCAGCCGCAGCAUCCGGCUGA